CUGGUGUCUCCCGGAAAGCGCUCCGCCGCGGCCAGGCGGGACCAGGGCCGGGCGCGCACCUUGGGCUCCGGCGGAGCGGAAGACGCGUGGAGCUGUGCGAGGACUCGCGGGCUGUGCAGUGCAUCUACAAUAUGUGUUUUAGAAAUAAAAGUUAAACUUUGAUUUGAAUGAAAAAUGUCUCUCAGUGCACCUAUAUUUCUCAAAGAAAGGGAAGAAGAUAAUUCAAAAUUUGUGGAAAUACAGCAGUCACAAACUACAUGCAUAGCUGCAGAAGAUCCUCUUCAAAACUUAUGCUUAGCAUCUCAAGAAGUUCUUAAAAAAGCUCAGCAAAAUGGAAGAUCAAAAUGUCUCAAGUGUGGUGGUUCAAGAAUGUUCUACUGCUAUACAUGUUACGUCCCAGUUGAAAAUGUACCUGUUGAACAGAUACCACAUGUGAAGCUACCAUUGAAGAUUGACAUCAUUAAACAUCCGAAUGAAACAGAUGGCAAAAGCACUGCUGUACAUGCAAAACUCUUAGCACCUGAAUUUGUAAAUAUUUAUACAUAUCCAUGUAUUCCAGAAUAUGAAGAAAAGGACCAUGAAGUUGCACUUGUAUUUCCUGGACCUAAGUCUGUUUCAGUAAAAGAUAUUUCUUUUCAUCUGCAAAAAAAGAGUCAAAAUAGCGUUAGAGGCAAAAAUGAUGACCUUGAUAACCCAUCCAUUAAACGCAAGAAAACUGAAGAACAGGAUUUGAAUGACAGCAAAUGCAAAGACACAACACUGAAAAAAAUUGUAUUCAUAGAUAGCACCUGGAACCAAACAAACAAAAUAUUCACUGAUGAGAGGCUUCAAGGGUUGCUACAAGUUGAGUUGAAAACAAGAAAAACUUGCUUUUGGCGCCAUCAAAAAGGAAAGCCAGAUACCUUCCUUUCCACAAUUGAAGCUAUUUACUACUUUUUGGUGGCAAAACUUUGACUUAGAAUGAAGCCAGCAAAAGAAACAGCGGAGAGAUAAAAAAGACUUGAGUCCUGAGGACAUCAUUUAAUCAUCUAAUCUAGCUGCUUGUGAAUGGAGCCCUACUGUGCUGAAUACCUUCUGUUUGCCCUCUGGAUCUGCCUUUCAGCCUUUCCCAUUCUGCUCUCUGCUCUGUGAGGUAGGUCCCCUUGCCCAUUGGCUUUUGGUUGGGAUCAGCAAACAGAAGGACCAGCAGUAGGUUGAAAGUUGAAAGGAAAAUGAAAUUGUGGUGUUUAUCUCCCUGGCUGCUUUGCUGCCAGGCCACCAUGGGUGGCUGUGUCCCUUUACUGAAGGUCAUCUUACCAGGCAUCCUUUUCCCAGCAGUUAUUCCAGUUCAUUUCAGACCCAUGCUUCCUCCUUUUACCCCUUUUCAUUUACGUAGUAAGGUCUCCUAGGUGUUCCUAGCCCCAGAGUAGGUCAUUUACACCUUGGUUUUCCAAAACUCUGCCUGUACCUUUGUAAAUAGUGACUUUUGUACGCUGUUCAGUCGCUAAGUCGUUUCCGACUCUCUCCAGCCCCACAGACUGUAGCCUGUUAGGCUUCCUUGUCCGUAGUA